AAAUACUUUCCUUCACUGACUAAAAUUGUUGGAACACUGGGCCCAAAGUCACGUUCUGUUGAAACAAUUGAGGCAUGCCUGGUAGCUGGGAUGUCAGUUGCACGCUUUGAUUUCUCCUGGUUAAAUGCCGAAUAUCACCAGGAGACUCUUGAGAAUUUGAGGACAGCUGUGAAUAAUGUCAAGAAGCUAUGUGCUGUGAUGCUUGAUACUGUGGGUCCAGAGCUUCAAGUUUGCAAUACUUCUGGGAAUCCAAUUGAGUUGAAUGCUGAUAAUCAUGUUAUUAUAACUCCGGAUCUUUCUAAAGUUCCUUCAGCGGAGGUCUUACCCAUUAACUAUACUGAUCUUGCCAAGGCAGUUAAAAAGGGCGACACAAUUUUUGUUGGGCAGUAUCUUUUCACAGGAAGUGAAACAACAUCAGUAUGGCUUGAGGUUUUGGAGACAAUUGAUCAAGAUGUAAAAUGUCUUGUCAAGAAUAGUGCUACACUUGCUGGCUCCAUUUUUAGUAUGCAUGCAUCGCAAGUGCAAAUCAAUUUACCCACUCUGACUAGUGCUGAUAAGCAAGUUAUUUCAACUUGGGGGUUGCAUAACAAUGUUGAUCUCGUUUCUCUUUCGUACACCCGCCAUGCAGAGGAUGUACGGGAGCUUAGAGCAUUCCUCAAAACUCAAAAUCUUCUUGAAACUCAGAUUUAUGCCAAAGUUGAAAAUAUAGAGGGUUUGGAGCAUUUUGAUGAGAUUCUACAAGAAGCAGAUGGCAUCAUUCUUUCUCGAGGAAAUUUGGGAAUAGACCUUCCUCCAGAAAAGGUGUUUUAUUUUCAGAAAUCUGCAAUUAGUAAAUGCAACAUGGCUGGAAAACCUGCCAUAAUCACAAGAGUUGUGGACAGUAUGACUGACAAUUUGCGUCCAACUCGUGCAGAGGCAACUGAUGUGGCAAAUGCUGUCCUGGAUGGAACUGAUGGUAUUUUGUUAGGAGCUGAGACACUUCGUGGCCUCUACCCUGUUGAUACAAUAAGGACAGUUGGUAAAAUAUGUUCUGAAGCAGAGGGUGCUUAUAAUCAAUCUCUUCAAUUUAAAAGAAUAGUACAACAUGCUGGGGAACCAAUGUCGCAUGCAGAAUCUGUUGCUUCCUCAGCAGUGCGUGCUGCAGUCAAAGUCAAGGCUGCUGUAAUCGUAGUUUUCACUUCAUCUGGCAGAGCUGCAAGGUUGAUAGCAAAAUAUAGGCCUCCAAUGCCAGUGUUGGCUGUUAUGUUCCCAUCGCAGAAAACAGAACCAUUGAAUUCUAGUUCUUUUGGCACUACACAGGCUAGGCAAUCUCUCGCAGUAAGAGGAAUCUAUCCAAUCCUGGCCAAUCCUAGUUCGGCUGGUGCGGUCAGUCCAGACGAAGAGUCCGGCUUAAGACUGGCAUUAAACUAUGGCAGAUCCGUUGGCAUAAUAAAGCCUUACGAUCGUGCAGUUGUUUUCCAGAAGAUUAGCGACUCUGCAGUUGUCAAGAUUAUUGAGUAUGAGGAUUCUUGAUUAUGUUCCAUUCUAAAAUUUUCAAGAAUCCACGCCAUUCUCAAAAGUUAACAUUCAGCAUUUCGUGAACUCUCAAUUUUUAAGGGCCAAGCUUUUUUUUUUUUGGUUGCAUGUAACUGAUUUAAGAUGAGCCAUUUGAUGGAUAUUUUGCUACGGUUUUAUUUAUGUGAUUAAUAUGAUUGAUCAUUUGAUGUUCUGCAUGCA